AGUAACGAGGGUCUGGAUACUGGCAGACACUGGGCUGGUGGCUGUGUGCGAGCCGGGAUGCUGUGGCCGGAUGACAGGCUGUGACCGGGGGCACGGAGCACACUGACAGCAGGUUUCUUAUCCGAAGAAACAAACCGAUUACUUCAUCGCUAGGUGGGAGAGGAACUUUACAGACGGCUAUGGAAUGCAUCAUGCUUCAAUACAGCAUGUUACCCGCUUGAAGGAUCUUUUUGAUGCACCCUCAUUUAAAGGCUAAUGAAAAUGGAAUUAUUCUAGUUAUCACAUUCUACACCUGCAGCUGCUGGACGAGCAGCAUCACUACAUGAUCACAUGACUUUGGAUAUGGAUUCAGUCCUGUCAGACUUUGUUCGGUCCACAGGGGCCGAACCAGGUCUGGCAAGGGACUUGCUUGAAGGUAAAAACUGGGACCUAACGGCGGCUCUGAGUGAUUAUGAACAGCUUCGACAGGUGAAUACUGCAAACCUGCCUCAAGUCUUUAAUGAAGGCAAAUACUAUAAACAGCAGGAGCAUGAAAUCACCCAGCAUGUUACCAAGAUCGAGCGACCAAUCCUUCAAAGACAGGAUGACAUUGCUCAAGAAAAAAGACUGUCCAGAGGCAUAUCCCAUGCAAGCUCAGCAAUUGUUUCCCUGGCUCGAUUACAUGUAGCCAAUGAGUGCAGCAGCGAGCCAUUUCCUCUAGAAAUGCCCAUCUAUACAUUCCAGCUACCAGACCUCAGCGUGUAUAGUGAAGACUUCCGAAGCUUUAUAGAAAGGGAUUUAAUAGAACAGUCAACAAUGGUGGCCUUGGAGCAGGCUGGAAGGUUAAACUGGUGGUCUACAACAUGUUCAAGUUGCAAACGUCUUUUGCCUUUAGCUACUACAGGAGAUGGGAAUUGCCUCUUACAUGCUGCCUCUUUGGGGAUGUGGGGAUUUCACGACCGAGAUCUUGUUUUGAGAAAAGCACUUUACACCAUGAUGAAGAGUGGGGCAGAGAGGGAAGCACUAAAAAGAAGAUGGAGGUGGCAGCAGACACAGCAAAAUAAAGAGUCUGGAUUGGUUUAUACAGAAGAUGAAUGGGAACGGGAGUGGAACGAGCUGCUAAAGCUGGCAUCCAGCGAGCCUCGAACACACUUUAGCAAGAACGGUGGCUCUGGUGGUGGGUCUACAUUUGCACAUACACUACAAGAUGGUAUUGGAACAAUGAAAAAACAAUCCUACAUUGAAAACAGACGAGUUGAAAAUGCAGAAGACCCAGUGUAUGAGAGCUUGGAGGAAUUCCAUGUAUUUGUCUUGGCUCAUAUCUUAAGAAGACCGAUUGUCGUUGUAGCUGAUACAAUGCUUCGAGACUCAGGGGGAGAAGCCUUUGCACCUAUCCCGUUUGGCGGAAUCUACUUACCUCUGGAAGUCCCACCUAACAGAUGUCAUUGCUCUCCUCUUGUCCUGGCCUAUGAUCAAGCUCAUUUCUCUGCACUUGUGUCCAUGGAGCAAAAAGACCAACAACGUGAACAAGCUGUAAUUCCGCUGACAGAUUCCGAACACAAGCUUCUACCUUUGCACUUUGCUGUUGACCCUGGGAAGGACUGGGAGUGGGGGAAAGACGACAAUGAUAAUAUCAAGCUAGCCAGUUUGAUCCUGUCUCUGGAGGCCAAGUUGAACCUAUUGCACAGCUACAUGAAUGUAACCUGGAUACGAAUACCCUCGGAAACAAGGGCUCCUCUGGCCCAACCAGAAUCUCCAACAGCUUCUGCAGGAGAAGACGUUCAGUCCUUAGCAGACUCCAUGGACUCAGAUCGAGACUCCAUUUGCAGUAAUUCCAACGUCAACAAUGGAAAGAACGGGAAAGAGAAAGAAAAGGACAAGCAAAGAAAAGAGAAAGAGAAAAAUAGAACAGAUUCUGUGGCAAACAAGCUUGGGAGUCUUAGUAAAACACUUGGCAUAAAACUUAAAAAGAACAUGGGUGGUCUUGGAGGUCUGGUUCAUGGGAAAAUCAGUCGAGCUAAUUCAAGCAAUGGGAAAAAUGGGGAUUCUACUGAAAAAAUAAAAAAGUCAAAAUCUCGAAAGGGAAGUAAAGAAGAUUCUGGACAGUCUGCCAGCACUUCUCCUUCAGAGAAAACAACCCCAUCUCCUACAGACAAAGCUAGCAUAUCUCCCAUUGAUAAACUAACCAACAGAUCUCUUAUAGAUAAUAAAUCUGACCCAUGGAAAUAUAGCACAGAUGUUAAACUCAGCCUUAAUAUUUUGAGAGCUGCCAUGCAAGGAGAACGCAAGUUCAUCUUUGCAGGUCUUCUUCUCACCAGUCACCGGCAUCAGUUUCAUGAGGAGAUGAUUGGCUUUUAUUUGACCAGUGCCCAGGAACGUUUCAAUGCUGAACAAGAACAAAAGAGGAAAGAGGUUGAAAAGAAAGCGGUGAUGAACGGAUCAUCAUGUAGGAAGCUGGAUCAAGAAGGAUUUGUGAAGUUGGAAUCUUCUCCUCAGGAAAGGGCAUCACCAGUCUUGCCUCAAAGCCAUACCACACAGUUAGUUCUAAAGCUGAAAGAUCGCUCAAGUCCCAUCCCCACCUCCUAUCCCUCACCCAGCAACGGUGCUAAGAAAAGUGGUUCCAUGCCAAUAUCUGCUCACUAUAGCCAUACACCACCAAUCCAAAGGCAAAGCGUCAUCCAUUUACAUGAUGUCAACUCCAAGUCAUCGAGCUUCCAGGAUGACCCAUAUAAACCGAUAGUUGGAUCCUUAAAAACUUGUGCUACUUAUCCCCAACAGAACCGUUCAUUGUCUUCGCAGAGCUAUAGCCCAGCCCGGUUAUCGGGUAUACGCACAGUGAACACAGUGGAAUCGCUCAGCUAUGAGAGAAACUCUGAGCAUAAAUCUCAGACCUAUACAAAUGGUUUCAACUCUAGUGAUGUCAGAGACUGCUUAGAAUAUGCUGAUGAGGAGUCUCCUCAAACAUGGUUGAACAAUGACAAAAACAGUAGGAGCAGAAAUAUGGUUUGCCCAGUAUAUUCACUCCAUCAGAGCAGAUGUAAAAAAGUGAACUGUUCUUUCUACGGGCGGCCUGAGACUGAAAACUACUGUUCUUACUGCUACAAAGAGGAGUUAAAGCGUCGUGAUAGGGAAAAUAAGAUGCACAGGCAUUGAAUGGUUUAGAGGCCCAUGAGUACGUAGAUCUAUCAUUUUAUACAUGCAAAAAUUUAAUACUAAACUCACUUUAAUUGCAAUGAAACUAAAUAGCCAAAAUAGAAGACAUUACACCUCUGCUUGGCUUUAAUAGAGAUCAAGCAGUAGUAGGUUGUCAGUUAUUAAAAGGGAUAAAGCCUUUGUUAGUUUUUCUCUAGUCCUAAUCCUAUAUUAAACCGAAAGGUGGUUUAUGUUGCAGUCAGUGCUGUGUGUGGUCAUUCAUAACUAAGGUGCCUGAAUUUUUGCUAUCACUCAGGUAAGUUGAAAGGAACAUUAAAUAUUUCUUAAA